UGGAGUCACGAAUCUAGUCUUUUCCGGGCAUUAUUUGGUUCUAUUGUCCAAAGCCUUUGGAAAUAAACAACCUCAAACACCAAUACAAGGUGUCGGAUGAGACUUGGUAAAGACCGACUGUGACCACCAGUGCAGUCGGCACCAUGGAGCCCACUCCCCACUUUCGAACACACAGAGGACGCGCAAACGGUGUUCACCAUGAUGGUGCUGGGACAGGACGAAGAGCUCACCAUAAAAACAAGCAAUGGGUCGCGGAUGGGGCCACCAGCAGAAGUAGCACACCUCAUGGAGGCGUAGACACCGAGCGAUGGGAGCGUGGAGGGCACAGAGGAAGCAGGGGUCGAGGAAGAGGCACACGUGGCAAAUUUCCCAACACUACCUUGAAUUUCCGUCAUGCAGGCGCUCUAGACGCUGGAUCAGCUGCUGCUAGUGAAGGGGACAAUAGCGAAAUGGAGGAUGCCACUGAUGUAGAUGAAGUCGAGGAACAUGUGCCAGAGACGCUCGAGGAAAGGGAACGAUUCUGGAAAGAGCUUGUGAAAGCGCGAGAAGUUGAGCGCAAGAAAGCUAUUUCGGAGGGCAAAAUGGACGAUCCUACUGUGCCAAAACGACUAGAAGAUGCUAUCACAAUGGUUGGCACGUGCAUGGAUAUGUGCCCCAGAUUCGAACGGUACCGCCGUGAACGCGAGAACAACCUCUUUGAGUGGGAAAUUGUUCCAGGCACCAAACGUGUCGAUCACAAGAGAGCUGUUAAAAUGUAUGAGCGGGCAGCUGGUGACAAGACGCUACCCUCCGACCUUCGUCCCCCAAAAGUUCUUCGACGUACACUUGACUAUCUUUUCCAUGACCUGCUUCCCCGAGGUGGCUUUUCUGCCACCUUCAAUUUCAUUCGUGAUCGUUCGCGUGCUGUGCGAAGUGACUUCACGAUGCAGCAUGAAAUGGGUUCCAUUGCAAUGGAAUGCCAUGAUAGAUGUGCACGGUUUCACAUCCUUGGUCUUCACCUGGAGCGCGACCAGAAGAAUCUGGAGGAACAGCAGCUGAAGUACACUCUCCAAAGUCUGAAGGAGUUUUACGAAGUUCAACGAGGAAAAUAUCAAUCCCCAACAGAGCUCGAAAUGCGAGUCUAUCAUCGCCUAAUCCAUAUUCGUGAUCAGACAGAGCGACAGGAGAAUAUCCCUGAUUUUAUCCUCGGUCAUCCGGCAUUCAAGCUCACCACCAAAUUCCGGCUGCUCGUACAGGCGAAGAGUGCUCCCAUCACCAGGAGCUCUGCGCUUUCCGUUGAUAACGAGGCGCUGGGCGUCUUCAACGAACUAAUUAUAGUGCUUCAGGGGGAAGGAAACUAUGCCAUGAUUUAUCUGGUCGCAUGCAUCAUAGAGCACCUAUUCGGCACCGAUACCGUCGACGAUAUUGAGAGCCUGAGGGAAAAUCUUGCCAUUCCGGAUAUCAUCGACGGCAACUCUGCUGCUGUAGAGGAGCACCAUGACGCCAUCGUGGAAGAACCAGACGCUAUGCACGAGGAAGAACUAGACGUUAUGCACGAGGAAAAACUAGAUGCUAUGCACGAGGAAGAGGAACCCCCCUUCGAGGCUGACUUGGUGGACGCACCACAAUCUUCCCCGAAGCCCCUGCAGCGAAGCGGAACCCAAUGGCUCAACGAUACAUUUGGUCUGAAGCCCACCGAAUCAGCAUUCUUGAACGCUAUUUCUCAAGCUGCGCCACAAUCUCCAAAGUCUGCAUUCUCAAAUCUGACGUCUGUUCCCAAUGUAUUCGGGACGACGACAUUCCAAACGUCAACAUUCGGUUCCACGAACGAAUUUGGUUUUGGCUCAGCACCCGUCCUUACAUCAGUAUUCGGAUCUUCUGCAACGGAGACCCCUGCCUUCAGCCAAGCACCCUCUUCGGCUCAACCUCCAGUUUUUGGUCAACCCCCACUUGUCCCAUCUCCAACCCCUGUAGCGCCCGUUGAGAACAAGACUCGGGCUUCGUUCAUAGUGCCUCCGGCACCUCCUUCCUCUACCUUCAGCAAAUUAUUGCCCCCCUCCCCCGAACGCCCCUCCAUACCCGAGGUCAACAAGACUGCGUCGUCUAUACAACCCCAACCUCCUCUCAACCCUCAUGCACCAGUAUUUGCCCCAUUACUUCCUCCAGUUAGCGCACAACCUGCACCUUCGUACCAACCUCCCGAUCCUCCCUCCCCCGGCACUUCACAGCCAACUUUUGGCAUUCCCCGUGAUUCUUUCGGUGGCUUAGAUGGAACACCACCUGCUCAACCGCCACCUUUAAGCAGACCUCAGCCAAUAUCUUUACCGCCAACACCCACUGCGACAUUUAUCCCUUCAGCCGUCUCUGGCAAGUCCGUUUUCGGGUCUCUCAAGAAACUUCAAUCUACUUCGCUUGCCCCUUCCCCAACUGAGAUUCUCAGCCCACUGGUACUUUCAUCACCCGGGACAAAAUCGACUUUUAGUUCUAUGGCCAGCCUACACCGACGUGACUCACUACCAACCCCCUUGCGUGUAACGACCACCGCUGCUGAUCUUGAAACAAUUUCGACUAAACUGGAAAGCCCACUGAAUGGCAAGACAUCGGCUUCUUCAUUUACAAGCAAAGUGGACCAAGAAACACUUGAAUCUAAAGCUUUCGCAUUUACUCGAAGGAGCUUGCUCGUGAAGGAGGCCUUCCAUGAAUGGAUGGAACGGACGACUGCUCGCACCAAGUGGAAGGAGGCUUGUCGGCGGAGCGAUGCCUAUAGCCAGCGUGUACAAGCAGAGCGGCUUUCCAAGAGUACUAGCUCGUUGCCACAAGAGACCAAGCGCAAAGUGGUUACACCGGAACGGCCACUUCCUGUCAGGAAGCGUCUCAGAAAUCGCUUGUCCAGCGAAUAUCGGCCACCGCCCAGUGAUGAAGAACUUGUAAGGCGGUUCGAAAAGAAUCGUGAAGAGAACGAACGGCGCUGGGCUCGUGGAUCCUUCCUCCAUAUGCUGCAGCAACACUUGAACGCGACGGCACGUGGCGUUCCCGAAAGCUGGGCUGCGUGGCUGUCCUUGAACCAGGAUAACGAUGGAACUGCCAUUUGGCUCGAACUCAAAUUUGAUGUGCCUGACUCUGGCAGCUGGAAGGAUGUCCAUAUAUUCCAGAUACCGGUGGCACCACAGCCACAAAACAGCACAGCACGAUACCCGGGUAUCAUCGUUUUUGAGCGAACCCCAGUUAGCGAGGUUGAAGACCCUCUGGAAAGAAAAUAUCGAAUGCUGGAUGAUUGCUCACGUUUACGGGAUAUCAUCGAGUCCUUGCCUCCUGAUAGGCAUUUCAUUCCAUCCCUCUUGACGAUAUCUUGGUCUGGUGGAGGGCCCGACUCUUCUUCCGAUUUUAAUGAUAUGAUUGCUGCAAUACUUCACGAUGAAAUCACGUCUUCCCAUGUUGAUCUAUCAUUAACAUCCACUGCCUUGGACCUUGACUCUAAGUUUCAGUCGGCCUUGCAGUCACUCAAACUUGAUACUGAAGGCAAACUCGUACGGCGGAUGUCUGUACCUGACCUCUUCGGACGAUGGAAACCCAUAUGGCAGAUAUUUACCUCCCGGCGAUUGGAACAAUGCACAUUAAAUGGCGAAUUUGACUGGGGUUUCCUUGGGAGAUUCUUAGAGUUGUGCAUAGAGCUCCUAAACGCCAUCUCUAGUGCUGCGCUUCAAUUAAUGAGUGGCAGCGUCUUUGAAGAUAUCCUGCCCAGCCUGCAGCUGCAAGAUGUCAGAGACUCGGACUCGACAUUUGGCGUGGUUUUGCGAUGGCUGGACAAUCCAUCGCUACAAGAUGCCAGUAGACAUCUCGCAGAUGAUCUGAGAUCGCACCAGACCCUUGACCGAGAGUUUCCCUCGAGGACUUUCAUUCAAUACAUAUAUAACGUCGCUCAGGAGCUGUCCAUUCGACACUUCAACCCCAACGCCGCAAACCAUACCCUCAUACGGAAGACCCAUCUUGAUGCCACGACGUCGAAAAUCUCGGCUAAGCAGAGUUCUUACUCGGACGAGCUCAAUGCUCUUCGUUCCGCCAAGCUGCGACAGUCAUCUAAACGUAUUGCAUCACUCGAUAUCUCAUCCAGCCGGUCUUCUACACCUGCCAAGCGGAGGCGAUUAUCCACCUCUGAUGAUUCGACGCAUAGCGAGAGUGGAAGUCCUCCACUGAGCAUCACUAGUCAUGCCUACACCUCACCCUCGAUCAGCACCACAUCUUUGCCUCCUGAGGAGAAGUCCACAGUGGUUACAUCUGCUAUGCUUCGUGCUCUUACUAGGGAUAUACGGACUAAGUUUGGUAGUCAUAAAUGACAGGUUUCAUGACGUGGCUACAAUGUUAUUGCAUAAUCUCUCUAUUACAUUCAUAUCACUCCCAUCAAUCGGGUCGUUGCUCAGGUCAAACA